AUGCCUCCCAUACCGGGCAUGAUGCACUGGCAUAGUCUCCUCGCGAGACAUGCCAAACAACUCAAGCAGGCCUUGGCCAAAGGAGCUGCCGCCAUCGAUGCUCAGCUCUCCGGCCAGGCCCAGCGAGCCGCCCAACUCGAGCCAAUUCUGGUUCGCAACACACCCAAGCACCCGCUCCACCACCUCGCAAAGGUCCGCCAGACCCAGUCUCGAUGGUACUCCACCGCUCGGCGGUCGGUGAAUGAGACUGCUCGACACUUUACCUCGUCCGCAGGCCAAUCCGGUGCCAAAUACAAUCGAUCUGCCUUCCCCAAGUCCCGUGUUAGCGGGUACAUUGCUCAGUCGUCUGGUCGAGCACCAUUCGCAUCUACGCUGCGGCCGAACCUGACGGGUGGAUCACUGGGACGGACUGCCGGCGGAUAUGCCCUCGGCGUUUCGGGUCGUGUAGGAGGAGCUCGUUUCUUCUCCCACACCCCCGCCAGCAAUGCACACGUCAUCCAGAAUGUCUCCCAGGCCGUCCGAGCAUUCUUCAUCUCCGGUCAGAAAGCACAAUUUGAUGGUAUGGGUUCCAACGGUGAGAAGCGCUUCAAGGCUGUCUCUACCCUCCAAGAAGAGACGGGCCGCAAGAUGCGCUCUCUCCCCAAGGCCACCCCUGGCUCCCGGAUUGAGUUCCUGGUCAACCCAACCAUCACCGCCUUCACUCCCCUUGGCGCCGUCGCAGGCUACUCCAUGUCUUCGGACUCCCUGGAGCAUGUCGACCACUUGAACACCGACGGUCUGGUUAAUGCCCUCUCCGUCGACUUUUCUCGUGCUCUCAAAGAUCUUGCGGCAGUCCUCAAUGACCUCAAACGGCUCUCCGCAUUGGGAGAUCUUCCCAUCACGUACGAGGGAUCCAGCUUAUGCGUCCACUUCCCCGGCUGCGACGCCGAAAGUGUAGAGCGUCUUUGCGAGGGACUCAACGUUCAACGCGGGAAUGUUAUCCAAGAUGAGGCGUUUGACUCUUUCGCCGGGACUGAGAUUGCCAUGUUGUUUCCCUUCGCCCCGGGUGAAGCUUCGGAAUCCGAUGGCGCUGAGUUCUACUGCGAGCCCGUCAAGAUGCCGCAACGACACGUCAUCAGUCUAGACGAUAUGAUUACCCCGUCACACACCGCCAGCGAAGGUGACUACUCCACACGGUCUGAAAGCGGUUAUGUCGACAUCCUCGCGGAGGAGGCUGAGCAGCAUCACAAUCCAUGGAUGUCAUCCAAAGGUAGCUAUCAAUCGAUCCACUCUGGGAGUUACGGAUCCGAGAAGCACAGUCCAUUGGAGUACCAAGGAUUUGAAGGCAUCUACAGGUUCAUUGAGGAACUAGAUGCCGUUCGAAAUUGA